AAAAAUUCGAUGGGUCACAGAAACGCCCUGCGAUUGGCUGCGACUCUGGUGACGUCACAUGCAAGUAAACAAACAUCGCGUUGAACCUCCAUCUACUUCGGUGGAAUGUUAUUGGAAAAAGCCAACAUUGUCAAGAGUAGGGACUACUCUGAAGUACAUCACGGUGCAGCAGAUGUCGAAAAAGGAAGUACCGGACAGACCAAGUACAUCAGCACUUUACACAGACUUUAUUUUGGAAGCCAAAAAAAGAAAACUUCAACACUGUGAAUUGAUAAAAUAUCAGGACAUAAUGAAGACAACAUUCAACAGAGCUGCUAUCAGUGCAAUUGAAGAAGCAACAAGAAUGCAGUACAAGAGCAGCUUGUGGUAUGAGAUGAGGUAUGGCCGUAUCACAGCUUCAAAGGCACAUGAAGUGAGCGUAUGUCAUACACCUGAUGGUUCAUUGGUUGCUACUAUAAUGGGCGCAAAAAUACCAGAUACUAUUGCAAUGAAAAGAGGUAGAAGUUUGGAGCUAUCUGUCCGGAAGACAGUUAGUACAACAUUGAACAAAAAAAUCAUGUGGACUUUAUGUAUGCCAAGACAAUCCCAUGCUUGCAGCAUCUCCUGA